CGGUCUCGAGGCGGACGUGCGGCUCAGUGCUGCCAACGUGCGCGGCGAAAUUACUGUCUAUGACUUUUGCGUUCGAACGUUCGAAAAUUUAAAACUUGAGCGAUCAAUUAAAAAAAAUAAUUCAAAUUCUGUCUGUGACUUUGCGUUCGGAAAUUUAAAACUUGAGCGAUUAUUUUAAAAAAAGAAACAAUAUUUGUUUGUGACUGAAUAUACGUUCGGAAAUUAUAAACUUAUUUAUUAAUCUUAAAUAGUGAAUUAUUUAUUGUUUAUUGUGCUGUGAAUUUUGUGUGUUUCUGUGCAGGAUUGUGAUUUUAUUUUAUUAUUUUUGGAGGAUCAGAUACUGCAGAUUUUCAAAACCAGUUUAGGAGGUGAAGGAAACAAUGACAUGAUAUAACAUGACCGUGGGAAACACCCCCUGACGAAAUGGAGCGAGCUUACGUCUUUCUAGUGCUUCUGACGGUGAUUUCCGGUGGUUGCGCCCACAGGCACGGCCAUGACAUAUCGACGGAGUUCCCGGAAGUGAUCGACGGGCACCAUGACAACAGCACGCACCAUGGCAAGGACGGUCGCGCCGGCUGGUCGCAGUGGAGCGAGUGGUCGCUAUGCUCGCGCACGUGCGACGGCGGCGUGUCGCGACAGCUGCGCACGUGCGCGUCGCCUGCCGGCUGUCGCGGCGAGCCCGUGCGCUACAAGAUAUGUAACAUGCAGCCAUGCCGCGGGAACGUGUCCCUGCUAGAGGAAGACGUGUGGCGGGAGCAGCAGUGCGGAGCGCACGACAGCACACCGUACGGCGGCGAGCUGUUCCACUGGCGCGCGCACCGCGACGACGACGAGCCGUGCGCGCUCACGUGCCGCGGCACGCCGCAGCACUCGGGGCAGAUCCCCGACGCGACGGCAUCAGCGGACGAAGACGAGCGAGUUGUGGUGGCAGUGCUAGCGGCGCGUGUGUCGGACGGUACGCGCUGCCGCCCCAGCAGCCUCGACAUGUGCAUCGACGGACGCUGUCAGAGGGUGGGCUGCGACCUGCGCGUGGGCUCGACGCGACGCGUGGACGAGUGUGGCGUGUGCGGCGGCGACGGCUCUUCGUGCUCCCGUCCGCGCUACCACUGGCUUUCUACUCCCGGCUCGCUCUGUUCUGCUACUUGUGGAGGAGGCUACAAGAUGUCGCUUGCAGUGUGCCGCGAUCGGCUAACGGGGCUAGACGCCCCGGAGGAGCUAUGCGAUGGGUCCAGUAAACCCGCCUCUGCAGUUGUACGAUGCAACAUCCAUCCUUGUCCUUAUAAGUGGUACGUCGGCGAGUGGUCAUCGUGUACGGUGACGUGCGGCGGCGGCGUGCGCACGCGCCGUGUGCUGUGCGCACGCUCAGCUAACAUCACGCGAACCGACACUUACGACCCAGAGACCAGUUCGGAGCCAGGCUGCAUGUCUCCUGCGCCUCGGUCGACUCAGCCGUGCAACGAACACGACUGCCCUAGCUGGGUCGCGGGGCUCUGGUCCGGAUGCUCAGUAUCCUGUGGCGAAGGGGUCCAGGUGCGAGGUGUCGAGUGCACGCCCGCCGGUGGGGGGUGCGACCCCGGCUUGAGGCCCGAGAUCUCCAGGCCUUGCUCCACUGGUAUCAGCUGCCCCGCAUUUAGAGAGGCCGAGGAACCCGAGGACGACAUUGAGGAUCUCCUCCCGGGCGUGGUGUAUCACACGCAGCCGCUGAUACAGCCGUAUCCACCUCCUCAAGCGAAAGCCGAACAGCUGAUUGGAGACCCGGAUGUGCCCGUCGAAGCCACCAAUUACAAAAUAUUCUUUGCGUGUGGCUGGUUGUAUGUAAGUUACAUCAAAGACGACGAAUGGAGCCCGUGUAGCGUCACGUGUGGCGAAGGAUGGAGGAAGAAAGAAGUACAUUGCAAGAUAUUUCUAGAAUUCAGCCGCACCAUCGCAAAACUACCGGAUAGCAAAUGUAUGGGACCAAAACCCACGGAAGAAACUGAGCGAUGCGUCAUGGAACCAUGCUCUAUGGCAUAUGGAACUUCAUUUGGAGAUUCUAGUGCACCAGCGUAUAACGGCGGUGAUAGAUCUCUGAUCUUCGGCACAUCCAGCAACAUCAGGGUGGCGCCGGGCUCGCCGGGCAAGUCGUAUUCUUGGAAGGAGAAGGGUUAUACGAGUUGUAGUGCAUCCUGCUUGAGUGGUGUUCAGGAGCUGAUAAUCCAAUGCGUGCGAGAUGAAGACGGCAAGAACGCAUCGCCGUACAUGUGCGACCCCCUGACCAAGCCCGAGAACAGGGUCCGGACUUGCAACGAUCACCCUUGUCCGCCACGAUGGAACUACACGGAGUUCUCUCAAUGCACCAAGUCGUGUGGAAUCGGCAUACAGACGAGGGAAGUCACGUGCAUACACGAGGUGACCCGCGGCGGGACCAACACGGUGGUGGUGCCCAACAGCAUGUGCCCGCAGCCGCCGCCGCCCGACCGUCAGUACUGCAACGUGCUGGACUGCCCCGUGCGCUGGCACGCCGGCGACUGGUCCAAGUGCUCAAAGACGUGCGGCGGAGGGAUGAAACAACGCGAGGUGGUGUGCAAGCAAAUAAUGGCGCAGUCCCACGUGGUGGAGCGGCCGCCGUCCCAGUGCAGCGCGCCGCGUCCCGCCAGCACCAAGGCGUGCAACAGUCGCCCGUGUCUGCUGGACACGGCCGCGCCGGAGAUCGCGCUCGCCAACUCCUCCUACAUACAGCACGACCCUAAGAAGAAAAAGGUGACAGUAAAAGUGGGAGGUUCCGCGACGAUAUUCUACGGCACGCAAGUAAAGAUCAAAUGCCCCGUGAAAGGGUACAACAGGACGAAGAUCCAGUGGGCCAAGGAUCAUCAGAUCAUCGCCAAGUCGAAGAAAUACAAGAUUUCCAAAAAGGGUGCCCUACGCAUCACAUCCCUGUCACUCCGAGACCACGGCGUGUACACAUGUGUGGCGGGUCGGUCCAGCGCCAACCUCACCCUGCUGGUCAAGCCGAGGCCCGGGGAGUUCCCGUCCAGCGAGGAGAUCGAGAGGCACAAAGCGUUGGACGAACCUUCAUCCCCUUUAGCAGACAGAGCGGACGGCCGCUACCGCGCUAUGAUUGGUGGUCGCUCGGACGAUCAGUCGCACGAGCAGCGCCCGCCCGACCAGAAGAAGAACUAUAAAGGCCGACAGAAAGGCAAAGUGGACAAAGUCCGCGACGCCCUCUACGGCAACCCCACUACGAGCACCAAAGCGGCUCCCAGCUACAACUCGCAGGCGAGAGACAUUUACGACGAAAACGAGGAGACCGCCGUGUCAUCUCAGAUGCUUCCGCCAAAACGGAAUGGUGCCUCCAGGCUUUUGCCGUGCCUGCAUUACCUAGUCAUGCAACUACAGAUGUUCUGGAAUUUCCAGCGCAUUGGCAACUCGAGAGGUCAAAGGAUGGCUGACCCGGUGAUAAUGUACCAGAACUACGGCAGUCCGAUCCAGGCGCAAGUAUUAAACCUUCAAGACAAACAAAUAGUGUUCCCAGAAGACGAUGACUCUGAUAUCAUCAUUGUUAACGAGGAUUACAAUAGAAAUACCAUCGAAGAAGGCAGAAUAGAAAGUCUGAAAAAAGGGAUUGGUGAUUUGGUUGACACGACCACUGUAUCUACGAAAAAAUGGUCACCGCCACCUGAUGUAAACGACUACAAGUGGAAGACCACAGAGUGGUCUGCGUGCAGUGCGCAGUGUGGUCAAACUGGCCACCAAAUUAGAGGUGCCAUUUGUCAACAUAAAAUAUCAAACCAAACUACAAUAGUGGAGACGAACGAGUGCACGUCGCGAGGUCUUACGGCGCCGACUGUGCUGCGCGACUGUGCCAGCGACAGCUGCGCCACUUGGAGGUCUUCGGCCUGGUCGCUGCCUAGGUGCCUGCCUAGUGGCAUUGCAAUAGUUCGCCGGCGCGUGCAGUGCGUGGCCGGCAACGGGACGACAGUGCCGGAGUCUGCGUGCGUGUACAGUGAGCAGCCGGACAAAACACGGCGAGAGGCGCAGGCCUGCAAGCCCGCGUGGGCUGUGGGCCCUUGGAGCAAGUGCAAGGGUCCCUGCGGGCAAGGGCGGCAACACCGCGUGUUGCGGUGCGUGUGGCGCGCGGGACGACGCGCGGCGCGCCGCCGCGAGCGACCGGCCGCCGCAUGCGCUUUGCCGCGGCCUAACGUCGUCCGGGUGUGCCACCACCCUAACAGUACUUGUGUUAGAGAUGGGGUCUGCAGAGACACGUCUAGAUACUGCGAGAACGUUCGCGCCAUGAAUAUGUGCGCCCUACGGCGGUACAAGGAGCAGUGUUGCAAGACUUGCGAGGAUUAAAUUUACCUAAUAAAUUAAAUAAAUUAAAAUAGAUCAAAUGGGACAAUUAAUUCAAACGGUUGGGAGAUGCUUCACGGUGUGAGUGAAUAAAUGACUAUAUUUUAGUUUUAUUUUAAACUAUAAAAAAUCUAAGUCGUGGAAAACUUAUUAUUGUAAUUUUUGUCAAUAUAAUUUUGAUUCAUGUAUUUUUUUUAAUUUUUACAAUUUGAGGAAUUAAUACAGUAAAUACUCGAUUAAACGGACUAAUUUAUGUAUUAUUAUUAUUAUUAUUAUCAAGGCAUUUGGAUAAUCGAAAAUCAGUAUGAAAAAAAGCUAUUUUGUUACAAAAGUGACCUCGAAGAAAAAUAUUAGCCAUUACUAGUCAUCUAUUAAUAUUAUCUAUUAGAAUCUAUUAACCAAAAUUUCAGGUUAUUUACUUCUUGUGUUAGAUCCGGAAGUUAAAAAUCCACAUAACUGAGGUCCAGAUAAUCGAGUCAUUGAUUAAAAUAGAUCAAAUUAUAUUUUUUAAUCAAUAUCGAAACAUUCCUGUCUUGUUCGUUCAGUGAGCUAUCACUAGUAUUGCUUUAUUUGUAAUGCACUUUAAUUUCAUAAAUGUGAGAUUAUUAUGUAACGUGCAAUUAUUAUUAGUGCCAUUUCUAUUUAAUCCAAAUAAAUAUUUUUAGUCGUGUUUUUAGCAUGUUUGAAGCGAUUUUUUGUGACUGGCAACAUCGCGCGUGGAAUAUUUGACUGAAAUGCGUGUGAUAGUAAGCGGAUUGCCUGUUAUGAGCACGAAAUAGUUUCUAGUCGCGAUAGCACUGUAAGUAUUGUACCAACUAUUAAGAUCUGAUACAGUUUUGAGGUCAAUUGUGCUGUAACUAUAAAGUUUAUAAUAAAAUUAGCUCUAGCUAUCAGAAGCAGAUAGCUCACUCACUAUUAGGAAUUAUCUUAAAGUAAAACUUAUGUAUUACUGUUUUCCUUUACUUUAUUAUAGUAGCUUUUGAGAAGAUGUACAAGUACUUAAAAUUUGUCUCACAAAAAUCAUUAUUUUUAUUUAAUAACUGUACAAGUUAAUAAAUACUAUAAUUAAAUCCUAGUAUUGUACCUGUUUGUACCAUUACGGUACAUUGAAAUUUAACAUAAACCUAAUUAAAUACAUUAUAUUGAAAACUCUCUUACUCUCUCUAUUUAUUUUUUGUAAUAACAUUUCUUCUUUUUCUUGCACAUAAUAGCGAAAGUAAUUUGUGCUUGAAUUGGUAUUUAGCAUUUAGCUCCGUUGAGUUGAGCUGUUGAGCUGUUCAGACAUUUUACUUAAUUUACUGUAGCUACAGCAAAAUUGGCGCAAUUUCAUCUUGACAUAAUCAUUCGAAGUUUUCUAUAAUAAUUUUCUUAGAUUACAAGUUAAGUCCUAUAAUUACUUUUCAGUUCUUUUAUUUCACGACUAACGUUUGCAUAAAGUCGUUAUUAGCAAGCGUGCAGUUGAGGGUAGGGAUUUCAAUUAAAUGUUAUUUAAAUAAUUAAAUAAAUGUACCAUACAUUUAUUUAAUUAUUUAAAUAACUAAAUAAAUGUAAUAUAAUGUAAUAACUUUUAAUUAUCUAGAUAUCCUAAGAUUUAUUAAAAUUUAUUUUUUGAUGUCAAUAAAAAUACAUUCCUUUAUGCCACAUCAAAUCAGUGAAUUUCGGAGAUUAGCAUUGCAGACCCACAUAAAUAUUCUCCGAGAUACAAUAUUAGAAGUAUUUAUAGACUAAAGUAUGAAUUUUACUUUUAUAGAUUUAAAUUUAAUUAUUUAAAAAAUCGACGUUAAGUUACGAGUUAAUCAGAUAAUGAGCAGUUAAUUAAACUCAUCAACUGCACGCGAGCACGUCUCAAGGUUGUGUUUGUUUAUAUAAUUUGUUGGUUUUAGUGUGUGUUACAAAUGUAUUGUAUGCAUACAUACACACACAAACAUAGUGAAUACGUAUAUUUUUUGUCUUCCUGUUAUUUACUUAAGCAAAAAUACUACUAAUAUCGAGACACAUCUCAAAAUCAAAAGUUUACGAGCUCUAACUAAAAUGUAAAUUAUUUCAAAAUAUAGAUUAAAUUUAUUUAUAUUUAAGACAAAUAUUUAGUAAAAAAAAAUGUUUUGUACUAUAUUUAUCAUAGCAAAUGUAAAUACGAAUCAAAGUAAGCAUAAUUGCUACGCUUAAUUAACUAAUUAUUAUUAUUAAAAAAUAACCGACUUCCAAUAAGAUGGCUUUUAUUUGAUGAAUUACUUUGUUAACGAUUCGUCCAUUAUAUUUUUUUUAUUCUUUACAAGUAGCCUUUGACUAGAACCUCACCUGAUGCAAUCAAAGAUGGAAGCGUGCUGACUUGUUAGGAGUAGGAUGAAAUCCACACUGCUUUCGGUUUCUACACGACAUCGUAUCAGAACGCUAAAUCACUUGUCGGUAGCGUGGUAACUAGCCGCGGCCGAAGCCUCCCACCAGCUAAAAUUAUUAUAUUUUAGUUAUGUUUACUGUAAUAAAAUGUUUACUUUAAAAUAGAAAUUAUUGCUUCUUUAAAAAGACUAAAACUAUUACAAAUAGUAAUUUUAUAUUUUUUUUGUAACACAUUUUUUUUAAUCGGACAACAAACUACAAAAUUUUACUGGGGCCCAUUUAAGAGUACUAACAGAAAAACUGUUACACUCGGUUACGUAACAACGUACAAAAUGAGUACGGGUAAACAAUAAAAACCUCUAUGUAGGCAAACCUCCGGCUUCCAUGUGAACCUAUUCACAGGGUCCCAUCAACUGAUCAGAGUGGGCAGCCGGGCAUUCGCAAUACGGCGCUACACCGCGAAACGAAAGCCUUCAAACAAUUGGUUAGAUAGGCAAUGGAUACUUACGCUCGAAGUGUCGCGAGUUGACCUGGGUUGGUUGACCCCAGCUGACGGAAGUGUGUAAUGUGUCGGUGAAGGUCGAGAAUUGUGUGUUCUAUGAAUUCAUCCGUCUGCAGGCCCCCGCAAGCCGCUACCAGCUACCACUCCACUAUGCACUUCAAUAUCCAGAAUAAUCGUCAAAAUUCACACGCGCUCAAACUUCGUCAAGUAGGCUACAAUAUAUAUCAACGCAACAACAAAUGGUCACACGGAAACCAAAAUACCCUAAUUUUGCGACAUAAUUCCACGCGUUUUCCUUCAGCGGCCAGCAAAGCAAUAGACAACAGACUACUAUAAAAACAUGGCGGCCGGCGACACGGCGCGCGCGCCGACACUAUGUUGCCCGCUCAUAUUUCAAAGUUCGCGGCGUCAACAACCUCCUUUUUGGAAGUCGAUUAAGAUAGUGUAAGAAAAUACAAUUUGCACAAAUACCUUAGAUAUGCAAUCAAUGUAUAGUAAUGAAAAUUAGAAAAAAUUGCCAAAUAAAUGUAUAAAAGUACACUCGCGAAGAAAAGCGUUUAUGUGAAAUUUAGUAAAAAUAUUCACUAUUUAUUGUGUCGGGUCGAUUUUCAAUUUUGAGCAUUAAAUUAAAUUUAUAAAAAUAUAAUUAGAAAUAAAUUUAUUUGAAGCGUGAUUUACAAUGGCUCAAAAAUCGACUCGUGGCUUUAGGUAGGUAGUUUAAAUAGGGCAUUAUAUUAAAACAUGUACAUUAAUAAUUAACUAUCAUUUUAACAGUAUACUGGUAUCCAUAUGAAGACACUUCUAAUUAUUAUUGAAAGCAAUAUGCUGCUUGAAAAAUUGUAUAUACAUAUAGGCGUAUUGUGUGUUUGUUACACCUCGUUCAUGGAAUGGGUAAAAACUAGUAAUGAUUAUAAACAUUUAGUUAGAAAGAAAUAUUAUUGUUUAUUAUCUUUGUAAUCAUUUGUGAAACUAGGAGAGGUGACACAGUAUUAAUAUGAAUAGAUCAAAAGUUUGUUGUCAAUUUUAGAUGCAUUAUUACCCCUGUUUAUAAAAUACAAGUAUAUAUUAUAUAUAUUAAAAUGUAUUUUCAAUAAAUUUCUGUAUAGAUGAUAAAUUAUUCUGUUUAUGAAAAUUAAAAGUUGGAUAAGAUCUUUAAAAAAAGAGUUUAACUUCUCAAAGCUGUGCAAAUUGCGGCUUACAGGAGAUGCUUCUAGCAAAGCUUUUGAAGCACAACAAGGACCGAGAUUUGAAUUCAAAGACAAUGCUACAUUAUUUUGUAACAUUAAAAUUUAUUUGUUCUCAAUUAAAUAAUUUAGUUCUUAUGUUAACAAAAUAUAUUUUUUUAAUUGUCAUGUCAAUUUCUCAAAAAUAUUGCAUCUCAAUAUUUAAAUUUGCAAUAAAAAUUUGUGAAUCCACAAAGGAUUUAAAAAGUUAUACCUAUUAACUCAAUCUUCAUACAAGGAAUAAUAAAGUUUUUAUUACAAUAAAUCACGCGUAAUUCCUAUUUACAAUCAUAAUAGGUAUAUAAGCUCUUACGUUUUACUUAUAAAGGAACGGUCAUAUCUCGGUCCUGGGGUGUGGUCUUAAUUAUAAUACUUCUCGAACAAUAUAAUAUGACAAAAGGAAGAUCUGAUUUGUGUAAGUAAACUUUCAUAUCGUAUAAACUGCCACUAAAUCUUUAGCACCUUUGUCGCUGAUUGUACCCGCUGUAAUACUGCCUAGGAAGCCAAAAUGUACACGAAUCUUGUAAGUUGUAUUGGAAUACAUUAUUUGACGCGUCCAGGGAAUUCUACCUGAACCUGAAUACACGAAACCUGGAAUUUCCAGGCACAGUUGGCAUAGUCAAGUGAAUCAGUUUUUGAAUUACAUAUUACUUUUUUUUAUAAUCUUAGGUAUUGUAGUAUUAAAAAAAAACUUUAAUUCAUUUAAUUAAGAAUCGAAAAUAUUGUUUAAAUCGGAUUCGUGACGUAAAACGUGACAGAAUUAUAUUUAAUGAAUCCGAAUGAAUAAAUGAAUAGAUGUACAUGUCAGUAAAUAUACCAUCAUUGGUAUUUCACCCAUGUUAUGUAUUUCAAUAUAACAUUCCAAGAUAACUUUAGUAGAGUAAUACAAAGAUUUCUAUAUAUAGGUACAUACUACUAGACGGUUGCUUCUAAUUAAGUGAAAGCAUGAGUGACUUCGUUGUUUAGCGUGCAAAACUGAUAAUAUCAAUUAUUACAUGAAUUAAAAAAAUAUUUAUAUCGAUCUACCAACACAUACAGGAAUAUUACUUGUAAUACAUGUCUUGAUCAUCGAUCAAAUUCAAAUAGCCUGUCUUGACGAGUACUGUUUACCAAAAAGAAAUUAGAAAUGAAAGUAGAAAACACAUGUUAUUUCAUAACUUAUUUAUUUUACAUUAUGUUUGGUUUGUUUAUAAAAUGUUAUAUAAAAUAUAUUAACCAUAUCUAAUUGUUCUAAGCUUAUUAAUCAAAUUUAUUUUCAUUUACUUAAAAACAAAUAAUUAUAAUUAUUAUUAGGUGUGAAAUUACUAGUGAUUUAUACCCUUAUUUUUAAUUUUUUUGUUGGUAAACAGUACUCAUUAAGAAAGGCUGUAGUAUAGAAUUAUUUUGUCAUCAAUUUUGGCAUCAAUAAGUCCAUUUAAAAAUUGACAAGUCACUCGGUUUAAUGUACUCGUAUCUGUGCAUAGAAAUCUUUGAAAUAAUCAAAACAAUUUGUAAUUUUCAUUUUAACUGCGAUAAAAUUAAGUCCAAAAUUGUACAUUGUAUCGAAAAUUUUCAAAUAUAAAAAUAUAUUAUAUGGAUAAGUUACUGAA